AGUUCAACAUGAAUUGCUUCGGAUUAAUCCUGUUUUUCACCAUCUUCACAGGGCAUGGCUUCUUGGUCCAAGGAGCAGAUAGCGAUGCGGUCACUGCCCCUAUCAGGGAGACACGGACCAUCCACAAAAAACGACUCUGCAGGAAGUAUGGCAUCUGCGAAGGUCAAGGAGGUUACGGCGGUUACCAGGGCCAGCAGGGAUACGGAGGCUACGGAGGGUACCCUAUAAACAUCGCCAUCAGUCAGUCGCAAUCAUCAGCUAAUGAAGGCGGUGGUGGAUACGGCAGUGGGUACUACCCUAACAACUACCAAUACAACGGCGGCUACCCCAACCAAGGUUACGGCUACAACCAGGGUUAUGGAGGUUACAACCAUGGACAUGAAGGUCACAACCAGGGGUACGGUUACAACAAACCAUACUACGGUAACGGUCAAGGGUCCUACAACAACCAAUUUAAUGGCAAUUACUAUGGAGGCAACGGAGGAUAUGGUCAAAAGCCGUAUAGUGGUUACUAUGACGAGGAUGGUUAUGAAGGAGAUGAAUAUGGAUACGAAAGAAGUAACAAUGGUCAUGCUGCUGCAGGAGCAUAUGCCGAAGCUGGCAGUAAAAUGAUUAAGGAAUAA